GGGAAAGCUGGCGGCCGUGUAUUUAAGGACUGGAACUAGGAUAGGACUUCCCACCUUCUGCAGAGGAAAGUCAGAUUUUCCUCAGACAUCAUGAGAGCCGUCGUCCUGCUGGUCUCGUUCUGGAUGAGCUGCCUGGCUCAGAGGCCAGAACCAUGCUCUUCCCCUCCUCUCCUCUCCGGAGGCCUGUCUAUCUCCACACAAGCUCAGGAGCUGGCGGCUUUUGCAAAGUACAGCUAUGACGGGCUGGGAAAGAGGAUCCGUCUCACAGAGUUUGGAUCCUAUGGGAACACAACCUUCCAGCUUGAUGUGCUGCUACUUUUCAAACAGGGCUUCAUGUACAAGAUCAACAACAAGGAUCGCACAUGCUUCAAGAAGCAUCUGAUGGAAGACUUCCAUCCACUGGCCAUUCCGAACGAUGCCUCUUUGGUGGGUCAGGCCGUGCUGGGGAGCUCCUCGGUUCAAGGAGAAGGAAUCCUGGUGAACACGUGGACGGGAGUGCUGCCGCUACGGAAGAGACUCGCUAAGUACCUGAGCACCGUCACAGAGUUUGGUUGCUUUCCGGUCAAUACUCUGGUCAGCACAGACAAUAAAGGAUGGGUACUUGUCAGUUUCUAUAACAACAUCAUGGGGAUCCCUGAUCCUCAAGUGUUCACUCCUCCAACAUUCUGCAAAGGAGCCCAGCUGGAGGAGGAGGAAGAGGAGGAGAAACAUUCAUUCUUAUACAGAUUGUUCUGAAACCUCUUAUUGAUCCUUUUUUGUGACCUUAAUAAACUGUAAAUCCAA